AAAUUAGAUUUUGUCGAAAAUGCGGCGGUGCACGACAUAAACUCAAUCAAUAGCAAGAGUUUCCAUUUCGACCUCUUUAGGUGCAAUAACGUGACAUUUAGUCAUGUUAACCUAACCGCACCAGGCGAUAGCCCUAACACUGACGGCAUUCACAUGGGCGUCUCCACCAACAUCCAAGUUUUGGAUUCAAACAUUGGCACUGGAGACGAUUGUAUAUCUAUGAUCAACGGCAGCCAAAGCAUCAACAUUUCAGGGAUCACUUGUGGCCCUGGCCAUGGAAUAAGCAUUGGAAGCUUAGGGAAGGCACAAAAUGAAGUCGUCACAGACAUACAUGUCAAAAAUUGCACUCUCAUUGCUACUCAAAAUGGCGCCAGGAUUAAGACUUGGGCACCAUCGGAGUCUGGUAGUGCCACAAGUAUAAAUUUUGAGGAUAUUUUCAUGGAUAAUGUCAGAAAUCCUAUCAUUAUCGAUCAACAUUAUUGUCCAUCGCCUCCUUGCAGCAGUCAGGCGAGCUCAGUGCAAAUCAAGGACGUGACAUUCAAUAACAUAAGAGGAACUUCUAGUUCAGUGGCAGCUGUUACUUUGAAUUGCAGUGCUUCAUUUCCUUGCCAGGGAAUCAACCUUACAGAAAUCAAUUUGGUAUAUAAUGGCGCUGGUGGGCCCGCUAUCUCGUCAUGUGAUAAUGCCCACGGAACUGCCACCGGCAUGGAGUUGCCUCCAAGUUGUUUAAAUUCGACUCUUGAUUCAAGAUGUUAGGGAUAUUAGAAUUUUGAAAUAUAUAGCAUAUUUACAAAGCAAAUGCUCGGUGAUUUUUUUG